AUGGCGAAAUCACGGGGCGCGAGUUGGAAGCGCUAUGCUUUCGUGCUCAUACCGCUUUUAGCUGGGUCCUAUUUUAUUUGGAGGCUCUUGAGUUCCGCUAGAUCAACGGAUUUGCAAGCCAUUUUGCAGAACCUACCCAAAGAAAUCACCCAAAGUAUAGACUCUGCAGCGUCAUCCCAAAAGAAGGACGAAGCCCUGAUCGAGAUGUUUGAGAAGUUCUCUCGGGAAGUGCUUCAAAAACAGGACGAACAAAUGCGGAAUUUUGAAAGAGAAAGGAAAGCGCUUGAAAAGAAAAUACAAGAUUUGAAACAACCUUCGGCUCACGCUACAUUGCGCGAAAAGCUGGCACUUAUUUUCCAGUAUGGCACAACGCGCAAGUUUCCGGCGUUUAUCUGGCAAACAUGGCCGUACUCGGAUAUGGACGAAAGAAUGGACAAAACUUUGCAAACUUAUGAGCGGAACUGGGGCGAGAAGAACCCUGGUUUUGUCCACGAAAUUAUCAACGACGACACCGCAUCGGCUCUUGUGCACUACUAUUACUCUUCGAUACCUGAGGUGAUUGAAGCCUACGACGCGCUGCCUUCAGCCAAUUUGAAGGCAGACUUUUUUAAAUAUUUGGUCUUAUUUGCGCGUGGUGGCGUCUACGCCGACAUCGAUACCAAUCCGCUACAGCCGGUGCCAAAUUGGAUUCCCGAAAACGUCUCCCCAAAAGAAAUUGGACUAAUCAUCGGCGUUGAGAGCGACGCCAAUAGUCCUGAUUGGAGGAGCAACUACGUCAGGAGGUUGCAAUUUGGCAAUUGGAUUAUGCUGGCCAAACGGGGCCAUCCUGUUGUUCGGGAAAUUGUCGCAAAAGUUACCGAAACCACAUUGCAACGUAGGGCGGAUGGAGAGUUGCGUUCAAAUCUCAGGAAUGAUUUGAAUAUAAUGAAAUGGACGGGAUCAGGCAUUUGGACCGACGUCAUAUUCACCUACUUCAACGACUACGUUCAAAGUGGCGUAUUCGAGAAAAUCACUUGGAAAGAUUUCCAUUUACUAAAAGUUCCCAAACUUGUGGGCGACGUUCUUGUCUUUCCGCAAGUUUCCUUCAGUGCCCCUGAGAAGCCCGAGAAAGAGGACAAAGAAGAAGAAACUAAUAAAGCGUUACAUUUCGUUACGCACAAGAAUCUCAAGAGCUGGAAAACUGCUCCUAAAGUCGCAGACGAUUCCUGA